GACCCGCUUCGAUGCAUGUAAGUCUAACAGGAAUACAGCUAAAAGAUUUCAUUUACCAAGAAACAUCACUGCGAAAAAGCAUGCAAAACCAUUUCCUGCAAUAGCAAUUUCACCAAUUCAGGUAAUUUUCUGUGGGGGGGGGGGAAGCAAAAAAAAAAAAAAAAACUCCCAAGUUCCAUCACAAAUUUAGAAAAAAGCCGCAGCAAAAUCAAGCAUGUUUGGCUGCAAGAAUCACACAAAAAAAAAAACCUCAGCAAGAUCGUGUACAGACUGAUAUGAGAGGUGAGAAGGUGUGAAGAAACUGUGUGUUUUAUAUGUGCAUGUUAAGAGGCCUCGGUCCUGAAGAUUUCCUGUGUCAGAAAAUUUAAAGCUACAGUUUUACCUCUGACUAUUACAACGCAUUGGUGCUAGAAACUGCUUACAAAAAGAUUAAACAAAUCAUUCCUUGCAGAAAAAUCCGAUAUCAAUGAUUACAUACAUUUUCAAAUCAGUUUAUGUGGAGCAUCCACAUUAAAGUCCUUGUUUAAACUGUUACUAUAGAACAAUUAAUUAAUGACACUAUAAUGAGCACAUUUAUUAUAUCUAUCUAUCUAUCUGUGUGUGUGUGCGUGUGUGUGUGUAUAUAUUAUAUAUAAUGAUAUUUUGCUAAAAGUGUUUAUUUCCCCUAUGUACGGAGACUUUUGGGACACCAUCUAUAUGUUAUUUACUGCAUGCUACAUUUGUGUGAGUUAUCGAAAGACUAAAUACGUACUGUAUUUGAGCUUACAACCAGCCACAGCAGUAUAAACUAGCUGUUUCCUAGUUCUUAAUGAGGGACAGUGGUGGCUCAGCGGUCGAGGCUCUGGGUUGCUGAUCGGAAGGUCGGGGGCUUCGGGCCCCUGCACCGACAAGCUGCCACUGUUGGGCCCUUGACCAAGGCCCUUCAGCCUCUCCGCUCCAGGGGUGGCGUAUCAUGGUAUCAUGGCUGACCCCAGCUUCCUAACAAGCUGGGAUAUGCGAAGAACAGAAUUUCACUGUGCUGCAAUGUAUAUGUGACAAAUAAAGGCUUCUUUCUUUCUUUCUAAUGCUUUUAAUAUGUUUUUCAUUUAAAUGUUAUCAUUGUUUUUUUUUCUAUCUUAGCAUUGCGAACUAGUAUUUAAUCAUUUCUUAUUACUUUAUCUUAGUCAUUUUCCUACGACUCCUUGUUCAAGCUAUACCUCUUUGUAAGGCUGCCUUAAGACUAUUUUAGUUGUAAAAUACUUGACUAGUAUGGGGAUUGGGACGCGGCUCAAGUCUUCUAGCCUUACAAUUGCGCAAGACCUUUUAAUUUAAACCCUUCCUUAGUUAAAACCGUUGGGAAUCACGUUACUCCAUAACCCUCACUCCAUUUAUAGCACGAAUACACCGGUCUAAGACAUUGUUACGGACAACGUGUUCUGUAUUUCACUUGUAAGUAUCUGAGAAGUUCAUGAGUGGGCGUGGUCCAGGAGGAAAAGCGAAACUACAGUAAAAGUCCAACUUCCUGGUUGCUGAAAAUGGUGGUGUCUCAACAUAUGUCAAGCAGAGGUUGCAGCAAUUAGGCUUGAAUGUAGGACCAGACUGGACCACGUCGGGCUCUGCUGAUAAUCAGCUGUCACCAGGUUGCGAUAUUACAGGUAUACCUUGCUGAAUAUGUUCAUAUGCGUUGGUAGUAGCGGACACUUAACACUGUAUCUUGAGAUGUUGGCAAACCUGUCCUGAUGUAUUUGGAUAUUCUUCAGUCUGGUCUUUAACUGAGGAAAAAGUGGAAGUUUGAAGCCCAUUUCAGAUGAUUGGGUGAGAGCAAUUGUAAACCAUUAACAUGGGAAACAGCUUUUGCUGCCCGUCAUCAAACCCGUGCGAUCAUACGGUGGAUGAAACGCAGGGGCUGCUGAACUCGCCCGAUUCGAAGGUUACAGCCAGGCCGCUAACGACUGAUUGCGUCAGCCAAGCACUGGAGGUUGAGGAGAGCAGCAAAAAUGAAGCAGACUGCAUACGACAAGAAAAAGAUGUAGUCAGCACGCAACCGAAAGCAGCUCCUAAGUCAGUUGAGGGGUCUGUACAGAGUUCUUAUGGUUCUGUAAUCCAGAUGCUCCACACUGAUGUCUCUCUCACUGCACAAACUAGCCAAAGUGUGUCAGAAGUGCCAGAGGAACUAGUAGAUGCUGCAACUACAGCCACAGAAACGAAAAAGGAUGAUGAGACUACAAAAGAGACCCCGACUUUUGCCACUGAAGUCACUGAUACAUUGGUAGUUAAUGCACCAACAGAGUUGGCUAAAGUGAAAGAGGAAACCGAGGCUCAAUUAACUGACGCACUGAAAAAAGAGGACAAAGCAGGUGAGCAUAAGUUGAUGGUGCAGGAUGCAGCAGAAGAAGGUCCUGCUGAUGAGCUACAUGAUGCGCAGGUGGACACAGAGAAGGAGGUUGCUGAACAGGACACCGAGGAGAGACCAGCUGAAGCAGAUAAAAAUGAGGAUUCUGCUGAGAUAAAAAGAAAUAAAGAAGCUGGUGAGGUAGCUAGAGAGAAGGAGGAACUCAAAACACCUGUAGAAGAGGUUUUACCUAUGAUGGAUACCCUCCAAAACAAGGAGCCAGUUCUGAAUAACUUGACAAUUGAUGAACAUGAAGUAAAAGGACUCCUGACUCCAAAGGACAUAGCAGAGAACAGAGCAGAUACCUUGCUACCAGAAAAUUCCAGUCAGGAACCCGAGGUCUCUUUAUCAGAGCCCUCAUGUGAGGUAGAUAAAACAGCAUUAGCCAUUGAAAAAUCAGUUGCUGGUAAAGUGCUAGAAAACCAUGAAGAGCAUGUUGUUUCCACCAUGUCUGAAAUGAAAGAAGACCGUUUACCUCCUAAAACUCAGGAAACUUCAGAGCAGGAGUCCUCUCCAACAGUGAACAUUACUGAGGAAUCCACUGUGAACUAUAUAGAAAAUGGCCUCAUGGAUGACUUGACUGGUGAUUUGAAAGAUGAGAACCCAGCUGAGGUGGAGGUAGAAGUACCUGAAUCGACUGAUAUAUUGCAGAAACCAUGUGAGGAACCUUCACAUAUUGAGAAUCAAGAGCUGAUGUGUGAACCCCCUGCCAACAGUAAUAGUGCCAGCAUCGCAGAGCAGGUGGAGAAACCAGAGUCCACAGACAAUGCAGAAGUCCAGAUGACAAUCACCGAGUGUGUAAAAAAGGAAGAUGUUGGAGAGGCUUGUCAGAAUGGUUUGCACACACACGCUCCUGUAGAGAAGCCUGAAUCUACAGAGAAGUCGGAUGAGCAAGUUGAUGAAAAUGGUCCAGUCGAGGCAUUCUUACUGGAUCAUGACCUCAUGGAAGAGAUGGAGCCAGCGCACCAGGCCAGUGAGAAUGAUGAGACAACAACAGAAGACGAAAAAGAAAAUGCAGAAAGCAACCAGGCCCAAAAAGGAGAGAUUAUUUUCAGCAGUAGCCAUGACUUGAAAGUUGCACUGAUACCUGUGAGUGACAUAGAAAACAUUGCAGAGAAGGAGGAGGAGCACGAGGACAGUGAAGACCUCUACCGGGCACACGAUGAGAUUGAACAAGAGCAGGCCAAAGAAAUGAAACUGAUGCCAAUCCUGGAGUUUACAACUCUUCUUUCAGUCCCUGGAGUGGAGAAGUGCAGCUUAGCCGCUCCUGUUGACAUUUUGGCCUACAGUGAGAGAGAGUGGAAGGGAAAUACAGCCAAGAGUAAUCUCAUCAGAAAGGGCUACUCUGAGAUAUCUUGUAGUUUUACUGCGCUGAGGAGAGUAAGGGGGGACAACUACUGCUCUCUGAGAGCUACACUGUAUCAGGUGCUGGCCACUACAACGCACACACCAGCCUGGCUACUGGAGGAAGAUUUCACAUCGUUGCCAGAAAAAAUUGAAGCUCAGGAGCAUUUGAUAGGUAUGUGGGCGUUCCCCCCUCAGUGUGUCAAAGCAGGAGAGGAUGAGGAUGCUGUGGAGAAACUUAAACACUAUCUGGAGCUCCUGCAGAAAAGAUGGCAGGCAGCAGUCGAGUCAGAGAGCUUGGAGGAUAAGCAGGCCGUGUGUGAUCAGGUGUUUCAGGGUGGAGAAGAAGAGUAUGCUCUUCUGGAGGUGCUGAAGUUCCUCAUGCUGGUUAAGGCAGUGGAGCUUCAUAGCAAAAUGCAGGCAGAACACGAAGUGCCUGUCUUCUGUUGGCUACUGUUUGCCCGUGACACGUCUGAAAACCCCAGAAUGUUCUUCAGCAAUCACCUGAGCCAAGUUGGCUUCAGUGGCGGCCUAGAACAGGUGGAGAUGUUUCUGCUCGGCUAUGCCUUACAGCACACGAUUCAAACCUUCAGGCUCUACAAGACUGACACGGAGGAAUUUGUAACGCACUACCCUGACGACCAUAAACAGGACUGGCCCUGUGUGUGUAUCAUCACAGAGGAUGACCGCCAUUACAACGUCCCUAUUAGGAAGCCGACACAAUACAGAGUGUAACAUCAUUGUGUCCUGACCUCACCUGAUCGGUCAUUAUCAGGAUUUCUGUAAGCGAUUGGAGGAAGAAAAUUGAGAGUGAAACUAUGACAUCACCGUGCACUGCCUUCACAAGUAAUUAUUAAUAUAUCUGGGAAGUCACUGGAUAUUAACUGGAUUUCUGGAAGGUGAUUGGACGAACGGAGUUAAGGUGAAUGACUAAUUAUUAGAAAAUAAUGUCUCUGUCUAAAAUUGACUUGUGUUUGGUUAAAGUUGUUAGCUGUUUGGCUGAAGCUAACAACACUAACAAAAGCACUCAGGUUUUUUUGUGCAAUUCUUUGACUUUUUUUUGUUGUUGUUUUGUUUAGAUUUCGUAUUACAACGAGUUUACAGUUGUUAAUUCAUCACUUCUUAAUUCAUACAAUUGCAAUGUUUAGAAUGGAGUUACGCAUGAUUGUCACAAAAAAUACUGUACAGGUGUUUACUAAAAACUGUUUUAAAACUUCUUACAGUUCCAGUGGAUAUAAAAAGUCUACACACCCCUGUUAAAAAGGCAGGUUUUUGUGACGAAAAUAAAUGAAACCAAGAUGCGUCACGUCCAGAACCUUUUCUACCUUUAUUGUGAAAUUUUAACCUAUUCAUUAAGGUGGAAAACAUUGAGUCAUUUUCGGUGGGAAAAAUCCGGUUGCAUAAGUGUGCACACCCCUAAACUAAUACUUAGUCGAAGCACCUUUAGAUUUUAUCACAGAAUUAAAUCUUUUUGGGUCAGAGUCAAUCAGUUUGGCACAUCUUGACUUAGGAAUAUUCUGCCUUUUUCCUUGCAAAAAGCAUUCUACCGGUCACACUGUCUGGGCGUCUCCUGUGCACAGCGCUCUUCAGGCCACCACACAGAUUUUUGAUUGGAUUUAGAAUCUGGACUCUGGCUGGGCCAUUCCAAAACCUUGAACUUGUUUUGGUGAAGCCGUUCCUUUGUUGAUCUAGAGGUUUGCUUCAGGUCGUUGUCAUUCUGAGAGGUGACAUUCCUCUUCAUCUUAAGUGUUUUAGCAGAAGCCUUAAGGUUUUGUGCCAAAAUUUACUGGUAUUUGUAGCUAUUCAUUAUUCCCUCCACCCUGAUUAAAGCCCCAGUUCCAACUAAAGGAAACCAGCCCCAAAAUAUGAUGCUGCCACCACCAUGCUUCCCCAUGGGGAUGGUUGUGGUGGUGGUUUUUUUGUUUUGUUUUGUUUUGUUUUUUAUGUGCCAAAAAUAACUUUUGGUAUUAUGCCCCUAACCCUAAGUUAGACUUUGGUCUCAUCAGAUCAUGACACAUUAUUCCACAUGGUUUUGGGAGAUAAGAUGUAUUAUUUAUUUAUUUAUUUUUUGGUUAACGUCUUCUGUCUUGCCGCCCUACCCCAUAGCCCAGAGCUAUGAAGAAUUUGGGAGAUUACUGUUACAUGUUGGGUGCAACAAGUCCUUGCCAGAAAUUUCUACAAUACUUUUAAUGUUGCUGUAGGCAGUAGUCAGCCUCCCUGACCAGGUUUCUGGAUGUUAACAAGACAUCAGGAAAAUCCUAUAGGAGCAGCUUUACUUUAUUUGGGGGUAAUCAGUCACUAAACACUGCCACAUUCCCACUUAUAAAAGGGUGUGCGUUUACACAACCUGGGUAUUGGAAGUUGUUGUUUUUUUUUUUUCUUUCUGUUUUUCCACAAAAAAAUAUUUCUGGGUGUUUGUCACUUGAUAUUUAUAGGUUUCAAUUCCACAAUAAAAGUGAGAAAAGGUUCUGACAUGAUUGAACUUAGUUUCAUUUUUUUACAUCACAAAAACCUGCCAUUUUUAACAGGGGUGUGUAGACUUUUUAUAUCCACUGUACAGGUGUGCAGUCAUGAACAAUAUUGCUAACUGACACAAGCUGACAGUUUUCUUUGAGACAUAAAAUUCAGCUUCAUGAACUCAUCCACAUGUCACACCCCUGAAAUAGUCUGUUGUGCUCUUUUUGAUGCAUGUCCUUGAUCAAAACUCCAUAUUUGAUGUUAAGCCAGGAAAGAGAGAAUUUUUUUAAGCAGUAUCACAUUCAGACAGAGGGCGAUUGAGAUUUAACAGAUUUAUAGUUAUACAUAGAGACAGGUGACACAAAAACCUGGUCCACGGUUGCAGGGUAGGGGCUGUUAUGCUGGCAUUGGUUGGCCCCACUUAUACCCUUAGUGCAAAGCAUCACUAGAAAUCAAAACAAAGCCAUCCUCACCUCUGAUGAAGCAUUUCUAUCCUGGUGGGAAUGGUCUCCUCCAGUAGGACUCAUCAAUACAGCAUGAGGGCUCAUUGAAUGGUGUGAUGAGGUGGUAUGGUGUGAUCUCAUGCUAUGGCCUUCACAGUCACCAGAUCGAAACCUGUGGGAGAUUUGAGUGGUGUGUGUGUGUGUGUGUUGGGAGUGGUGUUCAUCCCUCCAGUACAGUUCCUGAAAUUUGUAAAAUGUACACCAACACCUUACUAACACACUCUGUGAUGGUUUAAUUUGAUUUGUCACCCACCCAAAGACACUUGUUAAAUAACAGAAUUGAACUUAUUGAAAGAUAUUUUGUUAUUCAUCAUAACACAGGUUGGAAGUGGGGGGUUUUAAGGCUAUAGUGCCAGAUAUUUUAGGGGAAAACCUUAAUUACAUUUGUAAAUGUUGUUUUGCACAGACAACAGCAGUCGUUCCCCUCAGACCACAAGGAUAGCAGCCAUUCCUCAAUUUGUUCUGUUCUGGCUCCAAAAAAAACAAACCUCAAAUGUGUAAUCAAGGGCUGUGGAGCACUUAUUUAUUUUCCUCUGGCUCCAGUGUGCUUUAAACUGAACUGUGGGGGGAAAAUGGACUACACUGUUGUUCAGUUACCACCCCAGCCAUUUAUUCCAUCAGCCCACUUCAUAGAAACAUGCUUCUCUCGCUCCUUAUUUUUAAUUUGAAAGAUGCAGUUGGUGGAAUUCGUUCCAUAGCUGUUUAGAUAAUGAAGGAAACCUGACUGUUCGGUCACUACUUAAUGCGGUUUUAGUUCUGUAGUUUCUUUCUUUCUUAAGUUAUGUAAUAAUUUUGUUGUUUGUCUCAAACUGCUGCCAAAAUGUUGUAGUAUUACUACUUUGUAAUGUAUAGCUAAUGUAAUGAAAUCUGAUGUAAGAUGUCAGUCUUGCAUACAAUGCCCACCCCCGUCCUAAUUGUUUAUCAUCAGGCACGUUUUCUGCUUCAGGAAAGAAGAUUCAACAAAUUUUUAUUUAUGGUUAUCCUUAUUCGUCUGGUUCAGUAUUGUGCAGAAAAUGGAAAGGAGCACUGUUGAAUAGGUGUUUUUUGUGACGUUGACUAGCUCUUUUUGCUUGUGGAAAUAUAAAUAAAUAUUUUAUGAGUAAUGUUUACAUUAAGUUAAUAUAAUAAUAUAAUGAACAGUUAAACACAAACGAACAGACCUUUAGGCAAAUUUGUAUUUGACAAACAGCAUAGUGACAGUGGAAUAAAAGUCCGUAGGUAACUUU